CACUCUCUCUCUCUUUGUCCUCGCUUUAUCAGGACGUUCGUUGCCUUCGUCAUCAUGCCCUUGCCCGAGGAGCACGUGGAGGACCCAGCAGGCGUGGCGGCGGCGACCAGCGAGGAUGCGAUAUCGUCGUCAGAACUGAGCUCGCAGCCCAAGCAGGUGAAGCAUGAAGCCCCGAAGCCAACCUAUCUGCUGAUGGUCAUGGAGGCUGUCCUGGCUCUGAACGACCGCCGCGGCUCCUCUCGCCAGUCCAUCGUCAAGUACAUCGCCCACCAGUUCGGCCUCGACCCCAAGAAGUCCGCCGCCCGCGUCAACCAGGCGCUGAAGAAGGCUGUGGAGACGGGCCUCCUGAAGCAGACGUCGGGAACCGGAGUGGUGGGAUCCUUCAAGCUUGGGUUGAUCGACAUGACAGCUGCUGCCGUGGCCCGAGACCUCGUGAGCAACGUCACCCUCUUGAAAAGUAUCGAAAAGAACACGAAGAAGGCGAAGGACGCUGCUGCGAAGACCGGGGCGAAAGGCGCUGCUGCGAAGGGCAAGGGGAAAGGUACAGCCGCGAAGCCCGGGGCGAAGCGUGCUGCUGCGGUGAAAGGCGCUGCUGAGAAGGUGCCUGCCAAGAAAGCAGCUGCUAAGAAGACUUCCGGCAAGAAGGCUCCUGCUGCGAGAGCCAAGAAGGCAGAAGCUCUGAAAAGCCCCAAGAAAGCUCCCGCGAAGGCUGCCAAGAAGACGCCGAAGAAGGCCGCUGCCCCAGAUGUGCUGAAGAAAGCCGCCCGAAAGCCUGCCGUCAAGAAGGCCGCGAAGGAGAGCCCCAAGAAAGGCAAGACCGUGGCCAGGAAACCCAUCCCGAAGAAGGCAAAGAAGUGAAUAAUGUGUGAAUUGAAUGGAACUUAUAUUCCCGUGUUAUUUUCAGUUUCGAAGACAAUUUGUUUUUUAAUUUGUAAACUUGCAAUUUGCUUUGAAUUUAAUUAUGCUGAGUUCCCCUGGUUCUUAAAUUGCAUUCUUCUUUUGUGAGUGAUUUAUUUAAAGCGAAUUGUGUUUUCUAUUUUUGCUGAUUAAUUCUAGUAUUCUAAUUUUGCUGAAUUUUGUUCAAAGUGAAAUAAAAGCACUUCGUAA